AUGCCGAAGCAACUCAUUGUCCAAAGCUCUAUUGAGGCGUACCAACUGAUCGACACGCCAAUCCCAGUUCCAACCGAAGACCAAGUCGUCAUCAAAGUAGUUGUAGCUGGUUCAAAUCCCAAGGAUUGGAAGUUUCCUCUCUGGAGAAACCAGCCUCGAAAUAGUGGCGAUGACUUGGCUGGCAUUGUCCACUCUGUCGGCAAAAAUGUCUUUGACUUUAGACCCGGCGAUCGUGUAGCUGCGUAUCAUGAGUUUGAUACCGUGGAUGGUGCAUUUGCUGAAUACUCCGUGGCUCCCAGCUGGACGACGUUCCACCUUCCAGCCAACGUGUCCUUUGAAGAGGGUGCCACUAUACCUCUGGCUGCAUUUACAGCCGCCGCUGCCUUGUACUCUGAUAUGCGUCUCCCUCUUCCUUAUAACCUGGAACACUCCGACUCUGGUGGCAACAGAGGCCCUUUGCUCAUUUAUGGCGUCACCACGGCGACGGGCGCGUUUGCCGCCAAGCUUGCUCGCCUUUCUGGGUUCUAUCCCAUUGUCGGCGUGGCGGGCAAAGCCGCGGAACUAGCCCACAGCCUCGCGGAUUAUGUCAUUGACUAUCGCAAAGGAGAGGAUGACGUUGUCGCAGAAGCCGAGAAGAUUCUUCAGAAGGAAGGGUUGAGGAGCAGAUACCCCUACGUCCUUGAUGCGGUCAGCGAGGGUGGCACGAUUGAGCUGACACUCCGCUUCCUCAAUCUAGAUGGCGGAGUUGUCGCGACGCUCCUGCCUCCAGCUCUGUUUGCCAAGGAAAAGGAACACUUCAAGUACCCCCCUGGUGUCAAGGCAAUCAGCAGCAACGUCACUUGCAUUUUCAACGACAAGAAGGAUUUUGGCUACACCUGGGCCCGGCUCUUCAGCAGACUCCUCCAAGAUGGAAGGCUAACGGCGCAUCCAUAUGAAGUAGUACCUGGUGGACUCCACGGUGUCAUUCCUGGACUCAAAAAGUUAAAGAAUGGCGAAGCUAGUGGUUCAAAGUACGUGUUCCGUAUCGAGGACACUGGAGAGGCCCCUGUCCCAGCCCAGGAAGAUGGAUAUUACAGCCUGGGACACACUGAUCAUACCCAGUCGGAGAAUAACCAUCCGCUGAGGAACUUCCCCUUGCCGGCCUAA